GUAAUGAGCACCAAGCUGCAGGAGGAUUAUCUGUCAGCGUCCUGAGCUGCAGACAGAUCUCAUUAAAGGAUGAAGCAUUCGCUGCAGCACAACGUGUGUGGAGACUAAGGUUCCUUGCCAGGCACCCUUCACGUCUUUUUCAGCCCUGCGUCAGCCGGUUUACGUGUGUCUGGGCAUUUCUAAUUCCCCCAUCCCCCUUUUACGUUGCUAGGACAACCAUGGAUUGUGGACUGCGUCUGCCUCCUGUGAUCGAGGAGGUCAUGGACCCUGCAGAUGAUCUAUGCGAGCUAAAGGUGGAGCACCCGAUUUUAGCUGAUAAACUGACCGACAAAGAGCGAGGAUCUCUGGAGGAGAAUGAAGAGAAGGAAGAAAAGGAGGUGGAGGUGGGGAAUGGAGAGAAGGGUCUGGAAGAGGAAAAAGAGGUAAAGGAGGAAAAAUCAGAAGAUGAACAGAUGGAGGAGAUGAGAACAUUAGAGGAGGAGGAGGAGGAACUGGAGGAGCUACGAGCACAGGUGGUUCAUCUGCUCUUGGAAUUGGAGGACGCCAGGAUGGUGUCCCAGCGACAUGUGGACAGCUACACUGAGCUGCAGGGUAUUUUGGAGGAUGAACGCUUAGCCAGUGCUCAUCAGGCUGAAAGAUUCACAAAAGAAAUCCAACGACUUCAAGCCCAGCUUCGCUCGGUGCAGGAGGAACUGGACAGUCUUGAGGAGGAAAAGGCCAGUGAGUUAUGGGAGGCUCAGGAGGAGCUGCGAUUGGCACAGGAGGAGGUGCAGGAGCUGCAGCAGGCAGCCGAGGAGGCUGCGGCUGAGCGGGAGAAUGACAUUGCUCUCCUACAGGAGGAGCUGUGCAAACUGCGGGCCGAGUUGGCGAGACUGCACAACACCACACAGGAAUAUGAAUUAGAGCUGACCACCCUACGGGCAGAAAUUAGCAUGAAGAGCCAACGCCAGGAUGACCAGGAACAAGCAGAAACAGAGGGGGCUGUGGGUCAGCUGAAGGACAAAUGUCUCUCCCUGACGGAUGAGUGUCAGAUUCUGAGACAUGACAACAAGCAGCUUGCUGAGAAACUGCAUUUGCUUGAACAGCAGAGAGCCAGAGAAGCACAUGACAAUGCAGAAGAUAGAAGCAAGAAGAAUAAGCAGAAGGAGGAUGAGGAGGAGGCAAUAAAACCUGAAGCCUACAUGAGCAUUUUAAACUCGGAGCAAAGCAGUUAUAAGGAAGGCAUUCACGUUCAGAAGAGUAUACUGAGUGAAGACCAGGCUGUAAAUCCUGUGAAGGGAAGUGAGGAGUUUCCUGAAGUGUCUUCUCUACAAGAUCAACUCAAAGAGGCUGAUGAGAAGGCGUCUCAGGUUCAAAGAGAGUGUGAAGGGUUAAAGGGAGAACUUCUUGAGCUGCAAGGUCUUUAUGAAAGCAGUCAAAAGGAGAGGGCUGAAUUGGAGGCGGAGCUACAGCGCUGCAGGGCAGAGCUUGAUAGGCUGGCAGGUAGAAAGGCCCAGGAAAGGGCUGGUGACUGGAACCUAGUGAUGCUGGUUGCCAUGGCAGCAGUGGUCAUUAUGCUCGUGCCCAGUUUGACCCGAGCUGUUGCUUAAGCCUCAGGCAGGAAGUGACCUUGUUGGGUCAAUGCUUUAUCUACCGGCUUGCUUAAUUUCUUUGUGUACAGAUGCUCCUUCACAUAAAUGCCAUAACUAUCUAUAUGAGGACAUUGUUCUGCAAUC